AUGAAAAGUCGGCGGACGACUCAAAUAUACGCCGUUAAACCUUUCAGUGUGGUCAAUAUGAAGAUGUUCUCAGUGGCUCACAAGACUGUCUUUGUAGUGGAUCACUGUCCCUACAUGUCAGAGUCGAGUCGACAGCAGGUAGAGUGUGACGUUUUGACCAAAAGGACACAAGGGGUGAUUCCUUUGGCCCCGGUUUCCAAGUCUCUGUGGACCUGUGCAGUGGAGUGUUCAAUGGAAUACUGCAGAAUCCUCUAUGAUGUCUACCCAUUGGAUAAACUGAUUAACUAUGUUGUGAGCGACUCAGAGUUUCACAGUCUUAAUAGUUGGAGAAGGGAAGACCAGAACACACAUGAGCUCAUGUCUGCACUGGCAGCAGUGGGCCCUCCAAACCCACGUGAGGAUCCAGAGUGCUGCAGCAUCCUUCAUGGACUAGUGGCUGCUGUUGAGUCCUUGUGCAAAAUUACAGAGUUGCAACAUGAAAAGCGAAUUGACUUGAUGGACACUGCUGAGAGAGUUGCCAAUAGAGGACGCAUUAUCUGCCUCACUAAUGCUAAAAGUGACACUCAUGUACGCAUGUUGGAAGAUUGUAUUCAAGAAACAAUUGUGGAACAGAACAAGCUUGCAGCUGGCUCUGACAGGCUGAUGGCCAUUCAACAGUGUGAACUAGUUUUGGUUCACAUUUUCCCGCAGGGGGAAGACACUUUGGUGUCUGACCGACCCAAGAAAGAGAUUUCCUCUCUGCUCACCAGUGAAGUCCACAGUGUUCGUGCUGGACGGCACUUGGCAACAAAACUAAAUAUUCUUGUCCAGCAGCAUUUUGACCUGGCUUCCACUACUAUUACAAACAUCCCCAUGAAGCCCACAUUAAAUGUUUGUGAACAGGAAGAGCAACAUGCCAACACCUCGGCCAACUACGAUGUUGAGCUCCUGCACCACAGAGAUGCUCACCUGGAAUUCUUUAAAAGCGGUGACCUACACAUGGCUGGGACAAGUACAAGAGAGAAUGGACUGAAAGAGACAAUAACAUUAAAAUGGUGUACCCCUAGAACCAACAGUAUAGAACUCCAUUAUUGCACCGGGGCCUAUCGCAUCUCCCCCACAGACGUCAACAGUCGCCCGUCAUCUUGUUUGACAAAUUUUCUUCUAAAUGGUCGUUCCGUUCUCCUGGAGCAGCCGAGGAAGUCCGGCUCCAAAGUAAUCAGCCACAUGCUCAGCAGUCACGGAGGAGAGAUUUUUCUCCACGUGUUGAACAGUAAUCGUUCCACACUGGAAGACCCUCCCUCCAUCAGUGAGGGCUGUGGGGGACGCGUGACUGACUACAGAAUCACCGAUUUUGGGGAAUUUAUGAGAGAAAAUCGCUUGACCCCAGUGUCGGAGUCUUCCCAAGAUCCCUCCGGAAAGCUCCCUGUUGAAAGGGCAAGAUCUCAGCUGGAGCGACACACGCGAUACUGGCCAAUGAUAAUCUCUCAGACCACCAUCUUUAACAUGCAAGCGGUUGUCCCUCUUGCGAACCUGAUUGUGAAAGAGACACUUACAGAGGAGGAUGUUUUGACGUGCCAGAAAACAGUAUACAAUCUGGUGGAGAUGGAGAGAAAAAAUGACCCUCUUCCAAUUUCCACUGUGGGAUCCAGAGGCAAAGGCCCCAAAAGGGAUGAACAAUAUCGUAUAAUGUGGAACGAGUUGGAGACUUUAGUAAAAACCCACGCAGGAGCCACAGACAGACACCAGCGGGUUUUGGACUGCAUCAUUGCCUGUCGCAGCAAACCUCCAGAAGAAGAAGAGAGGAAAAAGAGGGGGAGAAAGAGGGAGGACCGGGAGGACAGGACAGAGAAGAACGGCACUAAGGACACAGAAGAGAAGAGCUGGCAGGACUCUGAAAGGUUGAAGGGAUUGUUGGAUAAAGAAGAUCAGGAAUCAGAGGUGAUCAAAGAUUCUCCGGAUUCUCCAGAACCACCCAACAAAAAACCACGUCUGUCCUCAGAAGAUGCCCCGCCCACUUCCAAAGGUCCAGUGUCACUCCUCAGUAUGUGGACCAAUCGUAUUACAACAGCCAAUUCCAGGAAGCACCAGGAAUUUUUUGGGAGGGCAGGUUCUGUUAACAAAAAGUUUGAACUUUACCAACAUCUUAAAGAUGAAAAUGGCAUGGACAUUCACGAAAAUGGCAAGGCCGCUAGAUGA